AUGCGCGGAGGUAGAAGUAUUGAAGUUGAUAGACGCGGUCGGUUGCCUCCAUUGGAGAAACAGAAACCUUUAGGGCCAUUUGAAGGAAAAGUAUUGGCACAAGCUGAUGAUAAUCUUUUAUCAGAAACAUAUUAUCAUGGAAUUAUGGAGCGCGCAGCUAUGGAGAAAAUGCUAAUUCGAGACGGUGACUUUCUCUUUGCAAUUCCGGAAGAAGACGAAAAAGAGGCAAAUAGUAGUCUUUAUUUUGUGAAUGAAAAAUGCUUCAAGAAAAUCACUGAAAUGGUUUCACAUUACGUCCGAACACGUAAACCAUUACAUGAAAAACUGCCUAUUGUGGUAAAACGACCUGUACCACAUCCAGUCAGCUAUUUGCAUAUUUUACUUCAAAAGAUUAAUUUAGCAUUGAUCCUACAGGCAUGGGUGAUCUCUCAUGAUCGAGUAAGAUUAAAAGAAGAACUUGGUAAGGGAGCUUACGGUCGCGUUUACAAGGCUAUCCUACAAGUUGGUCAUACUUUCCAAACGGUCGCUGCAAAGACGUGUGUUGGACAAGCGAAAGAUAAAGAUAAACGAGCUUCUUUUCUUCAAGAAGCCAAAGUUAUGAGAGAGUAUAAUCAUGAAAAUUUGGUACAAUUUAUUGGUAUUGCAUGUCAGAAAGAACCAUUAAUGAUUAUUGCAGAGUUUUGUGGUGGUGGAUCAUUGUUAAAGUAUUUACGCAAAAAAGGAGCACAUCUUGGAAUUGCGACGAGAUAUCGCUUCAGUAAAGAAGCAUCAGCAGGUCUUAAAUAUCUCGAAGAAAAACACUGUAUCCAUCGAGAUGUAGCCGCUAGAAACUGUCUUCUUACGGAAGAAAAUCUAACGUUGAAAAUAUGCGAUUUUGGAUUAUCAGUGAAGGAACGAGAAUUGAAAAAUGCUGUACUUCAACUACCAACGAAAUGGUUAUCACCAGAAGUGAUUAAACAAAUGCAUUUUACAAACAAAAGCGAUGUUUGGGCAUUUGGUGUAUUACUUUUUGAGAUUUUCACCGAUGGUUCCGAGCCAUAUCCUAGUUUGAGUAACUCACAAGUACGAUCAAAACUAACAGAUGGAAGUAUGUAUCGAAUGGAAAUACCACUCGAUGUACCUCCAGGAAUUGCCGAAUUAAUCAAGAAAUGCUGGAUGGAAGAACCCAAGCAAAGACCUACAUUCAAAGAAAUUAAUCGGACAUUUACCAAAAUUGCUUUUAUUUGA